GAAGCGGGGCAGACCGGGAGGGGACUUGGAUCAUGGCUGCCGCGCCGCCGCUACGGGACCGCCUGAGCUUUCUACACCGGCUCCCGAUUCUUCUGAAGGGGACAUCGGAUGAUGAUGUCCCAUGUCCGGGCUACCUGUUUGAAGAGAUUGCUACCACAGAAAUCUCCCACGAGUCUCCGGGCAGCAGCCAGUGCCUGCUGGAGUACCUCCUGAGCCGCCUACACAGCAGCUCCGGCCACGGGAAGCUCAAGGUGCUGAAGAUCCUGCUGUAUCUGUGUGGCCACGGCUCCUCCUCCUUCCUGCUCAUCCUCAAACGCAACUCUGCCUUCAUCCAGGAAGCCGCAGCUUUUGCGGGGCCCCCGGAUCCUCUGCACGGGAACAGCUUGUACCAGAAGGUUCGGGCAGCCGCGCAGGACUUGGGGAGCACCCUGUUCUCGGACACCGUGUUGCCACUGGCUCCCUCCCAGCCUCUGGGGAACCCGCCUGCCACAGGCAUGGGCUCCCAGGCCAGGCCGCACGGCACCCUCCAGGGUUUCGGCUACAGCAAGGAACAUGGCGGUACGGGUGCAGGCUCGGCAGGCGAAGCCUUCCUCUCCACCAUCCAGAAGGCCGCGGAGGUGGUGGCCAGCGCCAUGCGCCCCGGGCCCGAGAGUCCCAGUACCCAGAGGCUCCUGCCGCGGGGUGACACCUACCAGCCUGCCACGAUGCCUUCAGCCAACCACGGUCCCCCAACCCUGGGGAACCCACUCCCCGGGGCUAUUCCAGGUCCCCGAGGUAUCGAGGCGAGGGCUCCUCCCCUUGGGGUCUGGGUCACUCCUUCCUGUCACCGCUGGGGCUUUGCAGCCAUGGAGGCAAAUCCCAGGGCCUCCCACACAGCAGGAGGGGACGGGACCCGAGGUGGAAGCAGAUGCCCACUGGGGCUGGUGUUUGCUGAAGCUGGAGCCAAGGUGGCCGGCUACCCAUCCUCAGCUCAGGACUCAGUCCCCAAGGCCUUGGUCCAGGGCCCCGGGAGGUGGGCAUGGGGCUGGCCUGAAGCCCUGGGGAUCUCACCGGCCAUCCUGUUUCCUCCAGCCAUGAGGCAUCAGCCUGGGCAGGCCGGAGGGGGCUGGGACGAGCUGGACAGCAGCCCCAGCUCUCAGAAUUCCUCCCAGAACAGUGACUUGAGCAGGGUCUCAGACUCGGGCAGUCAUUCUGGCAGCGACAGCCAUUCAGGGGCCAGCCGGGAGCCGGGCGACCUGGCAGAAAGGGUCGAGGUGGUAGCCCUGAGUGACUGUCAGCAGGAGCUGAGCUUGGUGAGGACUGUGACUCGGGGACCAUGCGCCUUCCUGAGCCGCGAGGAGGCACAGCACUUCCUCAAAGCGUGUGGACUGCUCAACUGUGAGGCUGUGCUGCAGCUGCUGACCUGCCACCUGCGUGGGACCAGUGAGUGCACGCAGCUGAGGGCCCUGUGUGCCAUUGCCUCCCUGGGGAGCGCCGACCUCCUUCCCCAGGAGCACAUCCUCCUCCGCACCCGGCCGCGGCUGCAGGAGCUCAGCAUGGGCAGCCCGGGACCUGUGACCAACAAGGCCACCAAGAUCCUGAGGCACUUUGAGGCCUCCUGUGGGCAGCUGUCCCCUGCCCGGGGCACCUCAGCCGAGCCUGGCCCCACAGCCGCCCUCCCAGGCCCAUCUGACCUGCUGACCGAUGCUGUGCCUCUUGCUGGGAGCCAACUCUUCCUCCAGCCUCUGAGUUCAACCGCAGUCUCAUGCCGGAGCCCUGCUCCCUCAUCUGGGAUGCCGCCCAGCCCUGUGCCCACCCCACCCCCGGAUGCCUCCCCCAUUCCAGCCCGCGGAGACCCCAGCAAGGCCAAGGCCAGACUGGCAGAAAGCAGGGGGUGGGGACCUGAACAGGUCCUAGGGGGCACAGACAGCCCAAAGAGAGGCCCCAGCGACUGUGCGUGGAGCCGCGACUCCUUGUUUGCUGGUAUGGAGCUGGUGGCCUGCCCCCGCCUGGUGGGCGCCGGGGCUGCUGCAGGAGAGUCCUGCCUUGAUGCUCCCCAAGCCCCCCAAACAUCGUCCCAGAGGACAGCAGUCAAAGAGCCUCCUGGCUCAGAGCCGUCAGCUUUCGCGUUCCUGAACGCCUGACCCGACGGCCUGGCCCUGGAGCCUUCAGCUUCAGCUGCUGCCCGGGGGGCUCUGUGCUGCCUGAGCAGCCUCAACCGUAGCUGCUACAGUCUCCAGGCAACUUGACCUGAGAGGAGGACCCUAGGGCUACCUCAGUUUCCCCCAUCUCCUCUGCCAGAGGCUCUGGCUAUUUGGACUUGAAUCCCUACAAGGGAUAGGCAGGUGGCAGGGCCUCAGAAAUGUUGAUCUCAGGAGUCCCAGGGGGCAGCCCCUGCUUGUCUUGCCCUCAGACAUGAGGUUUCUUGUGUGAAUAUGGAAGCGACUACCAGGUUCUUUAUUUCAUUUUGAUCUCAGCUCCCUCCUUCCCCAGGAGGUCAUGAGCAGUAAGCCACCGCCUCCCCAUCCCUUCGGGGUGGGCUGGGGGCUGAGGCUGGGUUUGGUGCACGUGGGCUGAGGGUGUCUUGUCCGGGCUGCCUUGUGCCGUCUGGUCUUUGACCAUUUCAAGUUUCAGAUCCCCACGUGACCCUUCCCUGGCUCUCACCUGCUCCUUCAUGCUGUAAUUGCUUCCCGCACACGAAGCCUCUGAUUGGAGCCUCUGGUCCAUCUCAGAAGAACCUUCCGAGAGCGCUGGGGUUUAUGCUUUCUGAAUAAACACUACUGUUUACAUGAA